AUGUUGGCUCUGGGUACGUCCUUUUCUUGGUAUCGUUCCAGGGAACCAGACAUUAGAAAACUGAUGAGAGAUCCUAAUUUUAUGGACAAAAUGGAAACAAACGAAAAAGCAGCAUGGACAUCUUUAAAACUAGUUGUUACCGGUUUCCUAGGAAACAAAAAAAAUCCUAACUACAAGACAAUCGUCGCAGACAUGCUUGACAACUUUAAGAAGCUGGGAUGUAACAUGAUCAUUAAAGUUCAUUACCUCCAUUCACAUCUAGACUACUUCCCUGCAAAUCUUGGUGAUGUAAGUGAAGAGCAGGGUGAAAGAUUCCACCAAGAUAUCAAGGAAAUGGAAAGAAGGUAUCAAGGAAGAUGGAACGUCAACAUGAUAGCGGACUACUGCUGGAUGCUAAAACGAGAUGACCCUCAACGAGUACAUAGCCGGAAAAGCAAUAAAAGAAGCUUCGACGGAAAGCAAAAGCGUUACUAUAAGAACAUGAGCUUAAAGAGAAAUAUUUUAAGCAGUAUCAAAAAUAGAGUUUUAUUUAAAGAAGCUAGCAAAGAGAAAGAUGAAUAG